AUGGAUCCGGAUGAGGAUGAUGAUGAUGAGGACAACGCUCUGAUCCUGGAGCGCCUGGUGGCUCAGCUGGACCAGGACCUUCCCCACCUGGAUCUGGAUGAGUCCUUCACUGUGCUGCAGGAACUGGGCAGCGGCUCCUAUGGCUCCGUGCUGCUCACCCAGCCCCGGGAUGGGGGGUCCCCGCUGGUGCUGAAGCUGCUGCGCAAGGAGCGCACGGAGCGCAGUGCGUUCCUAUGGGAGCUGUGCAUCGCGCAGGGGGUGUCCGGGCACUCAUCCUGCCUGCGGGCGCUGCCCGUGGCCUUCGAGACCAGCACCCACUUCGGGUUCGGGCUGGAGCUGGCUCCCAAUGGGGACCUGUGCGAGCUGCUGCGGCCGGGGCAGGGUCUCCCGGAGCCGCAGAUCAAGCUCUGUGCCUCUCAGCUCUCCUCAGCCUUGGACUUCCUCCAUGGCCGAGCUCUGGUCCAUGCUGACGUCAAACUGGACAACGUCCUCCUGUUCGACCCCCAUUGUCAGCGCAUCAAACUGGGUGACUUCGGCCUCACCCGGGUCCAGGGCUUCCCUAUGGGCCCCAUGCAGACCCCGCUGCCCUAUGCGCCCCCGGAGCUCUGCUCCCUGCAGGGCUCCCAGACCCUGCCCCUGGAUCCCAGCCUGGACGUCUGGGCCUUCGGGGUCCUGCUCUUCUGCCUCUGCACCGGAUGCUUCCCAUGGGCCGUCGCCAUGGAGACGGAUGCAGGGUACCAGGAGUUCAGUGCCUGGCAACGGGGUCAGAGGGCAGCGGUACCCGCUGCAUGGGGGGACAUUGGGGCCGUGGGGCUGGGGAUGCUCCGGAGGCUCCUGAGCCUGGAUCCCGACCGCAGGAGUCCUGCUAUGGAAGUGAACCAGUACCUGGAGCUGCCCUGGGGGGCCUUGGAAUUCCUCCAUGGCCGAGCUCUGGUCCAUGCUGACGUCAAACUGGACAACGUCCUCCUGUUCGACCCCCAUUGUCAGCGCAUCAAACUGGGUGACUUCGGCCUCAACCCGGGUCCAGGGCUUUCCCUAUGGGCCCCAUUGCAGACCCCGCUGCCCUAA